UUUUACAAACUUCUGUGCUCUCUUUGUGCAAUAUAUAUCUGUAUUUCCUUAACUGUUCCAUUUGUUUGUGAAGGCUGAAAAUUGUUGUGCGGCUUUUGAGGCUUGUUCGUGGAAUCGGAAAUGGCCGCGGUUCGUAAGCGGGUAUGGCAGUUAUCUGGGAUCGGAGCUUUUGGGGCUUCUAAAUUCAAAGUGCCGUCCUCGUUCGAAAGAGCAAUAUUCCAUCCAUUUCCUGUUUCGGGGACAAGACAUUCUUCUCAAUUGGUGAAAUCCAACGGAAAACACUUGUUUCUUGUUGACACCUUAGCCCUGACUGAGAUGAUGCAAGAAUCCAAUUUAUCCAAGUUUAAAGCAGAGGUGCAGAGUUCACAGGGACAUCAUUUCUCUCUUCUACAACAUGAGACAGAGAAACUUAGGAAUGAUAUAGAGAAGAUGCGAAGUGAGUUAAGGUAUGAGAUUGAUAAAGUCACUGCUGGGCAGCGAUUAGAUUUGAACCUUGAAAGAGGGAGAAUAAGAGAGGAAUUGUCUAACCAGAAUGCUGAAACUAACAAUCUGACAAACAAACUUGAUAGAGAGAUCCAUUCUUUAAGAGCACAGCUGGAAGCAGCUAAAUAUGAUGUCAUAAAAUAUUGCAUAGGAACACUGGUUUCGAUUUCUGCAGUUGGUCUUGCAGUAUUACGUAUUUUGAUGUAAACAAAUUGUAUUCCUAUUAACUUCAAAAACGGGUGGAAAGAAUCAUGAAGAUCCAUCUUCCCUCCCUCAGAAACAGUUACAUUACAAUACUGGAUCAACCUUUUUUUUUUUCAUUACUUUUCUUUGGUCGGUAUUACUGGAGCAAAAAGAACUAGCUCCAAGUAGGCACGAAUUGGGCCUGUUUUUUAAGCCCAUUUCAUAUUCUUUUUGUUUAUUUAUUUGCUAUGUCUUUGGAUAUUUGUAUAUUUUGUAUGUGAAUGUGGUAUCAAUACAACGCAAGCAUAUUGGAUUAUAAAUACUUCAAUACUUUAGUGGAAGAA